AUGUACGGUGGUGUCACUAAUCAAUUCGGCGAGGCCGAAUUCAAACGAGCUGGGCCCAGAGGCCUCCGAAAAUACUGCCCCUCCCUUGGAACCUGCAUUUAUGUCGAUAUAAACAUUUAUGACCGUAAUAACCCAGAAGUUCUUCGAUUUUUGGAUCUCGAAGCUGAAGUAUCAGAGGCGGAAACCGAUGAUGAGAAUAACGGCAACGAAGGUGAUCUUAUCGACGACGAUGAAGACAUCGAUGAUUCGAUCUCAGGAGAUGCGCACCGCAACCUUCUCCGUGAAGCGUUGAUGCCGUCCGAUGACGAUGUGUUUUGGGAAAGCUUUCUCGAGCGCAUCACAGCUCAUCGACAUAUUACGGAAGAAGACAUUCAAGAUAUCGGAAAACCGUCUUUAUGGGCGGUGCUUGUCAUAACACUAAUCCAAUCUUUGAAGCUCAUAUUUAUAAGGACUUUUCUACUUAGCCUGGGUAUGAGGAGGGGAUAG